UCUUCUCUCCGCUUCAUUAUUCUGCACCUGUCAGCAGCGGACGCCGGCGCGCUCUUCCCUCCUUCCUCUCCUCUCCUUUCCUCUCCUCUCUUCUCUUCUUCUCUCCUCCGUUACUGACCGUCAUGACUUCUGCAAAAGACGCGAACGGGCCGGUGAAAGCGGCUCAGCAGCAGCAGGAUCAGGACCUGGUUGGCAGUGCUCCGCCGCAGAGGAACUGGAAGGGAAUAGCCAUCGCCCUGCUGGUCAUCCUCAUCAUCUGUUCCCUGAUUGUUACCUCCGUCAUCCUGCUGACUCCUGGUGAAGAUGACAGUCUUGCCCUUAAGAAGAAAGUGGCUAUAGAAGAUGUCUUUGGUCCAGACCUUCACAUCCAUGACCCAGAUGCCAAAUGGCUCAGCGACAAUGAACUGCUGUAUCGUACAAGGGAUGGGGACGUUGACAGGCUCAAUGUUGACACAAAGGAGAGUGUCGUUGUUGUGCCGAACCAGUUGUUUGAGAGAUCCAGAGCCACCAAGUACCAAGUGUCCCCAGACAUGCAACAUGUGUUGUUGGCCUUUGAAGUGAAACCGAUCUAUCAACACUCCUAUGUGGCCAAGUACAUUAUAUUCAGCCUUGUGACACAGGAAAGUUGGCCUCUGACCCCCCCUGAAGUGCAUGACGCUGUCUUGCAGUUUGCUGGAUGGGGACCCAGAAACCAGCAGCUGAUCUUCAUAUUUGAAAACAACAUCUACUACAGAUCAACAGUAGAGAGUCGCUCGAUCCGCCUGGUUGCCACUGGUAAAGAGGGAGUUGUCUUCAAUGGCCUUCCUGACUGGCUCUAUGAAGAGGAGAUCCUGCAGACCCAUAUAGCCCACUGGUGGUCCCCAGACGGGCUGCGUCUGGCCUACAUGACCAUCAACGACACGCUGGUGCCGAAGAUGGAAGUCCCCUUUUUCACUGGGACGCCCUACCCCAACAGCUUGGAGUAUCACUACCCAAAGGCUGGGGAAGAAAACCCUGCAGUGCACCUGUCAGUGGUGAGCCUCAACGGUCCGCUGCACACCGUAGUGAUGAAGAAACCUGAUGACCCCCGAAUAGGGAGGGAAUAUUAUAUCACCAUGGUGAAAUGGGCCACCAGCACCAAACUGGCUGUCAACUGGCUGAACAGAGCUCAGAACAACUCUAUACUGACACUGUGUGAAGCUACAACUGGUGUCUGCAUUAAGAAACAUGAGGAUGAGAGUGAGAGCUGGUUGCACAGACAGAAUGAAGCGCCGCUCUUUUCCCACGACGGACACAAGUUCUUCUUCACCAGAGCAAUUCCUCAGGGUGGGAGAGGAAAGUUUUUCCACAUUUCUAUGUCCACCUCUAUGCCUAACACGAGCACAGACAUACUUCAGUCCCUCACAUCUGGAGACUGGGAUGUCACCAGCAUCUUAGCCUACAAUCACGAAAGGAACCUCAUAUACUUUCUGAGCACAGAGGAUGACCCCAAAAGACGGCACUUGUACAGUGCCGACACAAUUCCUCCUUUUAACCGCUGCUGCCUGUCUUGCGAGUUCAAGUGCGGCUAUGUGGAUGUCUCAUUCAGCCACAACAUGCAGUACUUCUUACUCAACUGUAAAGGCCCUGAUAUACCAAGUGUGGCUAUCUAUAGCACCGAGGACAAACAGAAGGUGUUUGAAGUGGAGACAAACCAAAGGGUAAACGACACAUACAACAACAUGCAGAUGCCAAGAGUGGAGUACGAGACCAUCACCAUAGACGACUACACCCUGACGAUGCAGAUUCUGAAGCCAGCUGGAUUUGUAGAUACAGCCCAUUACCCCUUACUGCUGCUAGUGGACGGUACUCCUGGCGGCCAGAUGGUGACAGAGCAGUUCCAUGUGGACUGGGCCACCGUUCUGGUCAGCAGCUUCAGCACCAUUGUCAUCCGCUUCGAUGGCCACGGCAGCGGCUUUCAGGGCACCAACCUGCUCCACAAAGUCAGGAGGAAGUUGGGAAAGUUGGAGGAGAGGGACCAGCUGGAGGCACUCAGGUUCAUAUCUAAAGAGCCUUACAUUGAUAAGACUCGAAUGGGCGUUUAUGGAAAGGCCUAUGGAGGAUAUUUAGCCACGAUGCUCCUGAGCUCUGAGGAGUUCACCCAACUUAAAUGUGGAACAGCAGUGUCCCCCAUCACAGAUUUUGAGCUUUAUGCAUCUGCAUUUUCAGAACGAUACCUCGGCUCAAAGACAGAUUCCCGAGUAUACACGAUGGCAAAUUUAGGACACAGAGCAGGUCAACUUCUGGAGAAGCAGUACUUAAUUAUUCACCCAACGGCUGACGAAAAAGUUCACUUUCAGCACACGGCCAAAUUUAUCAACCAUUUAAUCAGCGAGAAGGCCAAUUACACUCUACAGAUCUACCCAGACGAGGGCCACUUCCUUCACAGCGAUGGGACAAAGCAGCACCUGAGCCAAUCUUUGGUCAACUUCUUCGAGGAGUGUUUCCGGGUGCCAGAGAUACUGACCAACGACCAGCAAGAAGAGGACGAGGACGACAGUUAGACCCGCCCCCUCUGAACAGCCCCCACCGGCCAGCUAUUACAGCACAAUAUGCAACAGAUCUUUCUAACACAAAUCGACCCUCCACCUGC